UUUUAAGCUCCCUUCUCUCCCCCCCUGGCUCUCUCUCUCUCUUCAUGUCCUCCUCUCUCUCUAUCUGUCUAUCUCUGUCACUUUAAGCUCACUUCCUCGCACUUGUUGCUUGCUCCACUCUGUCUCUCUCUCUCUUGUUUCCCGUCUGUCAUGAAUUUCUUAUCUACCCAUCUCUCACCUUCUCUCCUUUUCUCUAAUUUUCUAUGAAACGCACGCGCACACUCUCUCUCCUCUCCUAUCUAUCUUUCCCUUCAUUUUUCUUUAUUUUUACCUUAAUUGCUUUCUCAUUCCGCCCCCUUUUUCUCUCUCUCUCUCUCCAUUUGAUGCCUAUCCUGGCAAUUUUCAGGAUCUUCCUCUCCAUGUAAAUUCUCUUGUCCCAUCUUACUUCAAGACCUCCAGAUUCUCUUGCUUUUUAAGUUCGGGAACAUGGUUUCCAUUGAAUGUGAUUUGAAUUCCAUAUGAUUGGGAAUUCUUAACUUCAUGGUUUUGUGUCGCGAUUCAUGGAUCAUAGAGCACGAAACCUGCUUUAGAGAUCACCUUAAAGGUGCAAAACCACAUAGAGAAGAUAAUUAUCUAAUAUCAUCAGUUGCACCUGGACUUUACUCUCUUCCCCAGCGAUGUACAUAAAACAGGUAAUCAUCGAAGGAUUUAAAAGUUACAAGGAACAGGUUGCCACAGAGCCGUUCAGUCCAAAGGUUAAUUGUGUUGUUGGUGCUAAUGGAUCUGGCAAAACAAACUUUUUUCAUGCAAUACGAUUUGUCCUUAGUGACCUCUUCCAUAACUUGCGAACUGAAGAUAGACAUGCACUGCUUCAUGAAGGUGCAGGUCACCAAGUUAUGUCUGCAUUCGUGGAGAUAGUUAUCGAUAAUUCUGACAAUCGCAUCCCAGUUGACAAGGAAGAGGUGCACUUGCGGAGAACAAUUGGCCUGAAAAAAGAUGAAUACUUCCUGGAUAAAAAGCAUAUUACGAAAACAGAAGUCAUGAAUCUCCUGGAAAGUGCUGGUUUUUCUCGUUCUAACCCAUACUAUGUUGUACAACAGGGAAAGAUUGCUUCAUUGACAUUAAUGAAAGAUUCAGAAAGGCUGGAUCUCUUGAAGGAAAUUGGUGGUACUCGGGUUUAUGAGGAGCGUCGUCGAGAGAGUAUGAAAAUAAUGCAAGAAACAAGUAAUAAGCGGAAGCAAAUAAUUCAAGUUGUUCAGUAUAUAGAAGAGAGAUUGAAAGAGUUGGAUGAAGAGAAAGAGGAGUUAAAACAAUACCAACAGCUUGACAAGCAGCGAAGAUCCCUUGAAUAUGCCAUUUUUGACAAGGAACUCCAUGACGCUAGGCAGAAAAUAGUGGAGGUGGAAGAGGCUCGGACUAAGGUUUCUGAAAAUUCAACAAACAUGUACAAUAGAGUACUGGAAUCUCAUGAACGCAUCAAAUUAUUGGAGAAAGAAUUUAAAGUUUUAAUAAGAGAAGCUCAAGCUUUGAAAAAUGAGAAAGCCACAGUUGAGAAUCAACAUACUGAAGCACUCAAGAUGCAUGCGCAAAUUGAACUUGAUGUCAAAGAUUUGGAAGAAAAAAUUGGUGGGGAUAAUAGGAUGAAGCAAGAGGCUGAGCGGGCUUUGAAGGGUUUGGAGGAAGAAAUUCAGAACUCAAGGAUGGAACUGGAAGAGAUCAGACCUUUACAUGAGAAGCAAGUGAUGGAAGAAGAAAAGAUAAAAAAAGGAAUAAUGGACCGUGAAAAGCAGCUCAGUAUUUUGUACCAAAAGCAGGGUCGCGCAACUCAGUUUUCAAGCAAGGCCUCUAGAGACAAAUGGCUUCAGAAAGAAAUUGAUGACCUUCAGCGUGUACUCAGAUCUAAUACUGGUCAGGAGGACAAUCUGCAAAAGGAAAUCGAACAACUCAAUAAAAAGAUAGAAGAACUGGAUAGAACUGCGAAGGAGCGUUCGGCUGACUUGGAACAGCAAGAAGCUCUCAUUUCUGACUCCCUCAAAGAAUAUGAUGGUUUCAAGACAGAAAGGGACAAAUUACAAGAUGCUCGAAAGCUUCUUUGGAAGAAGGAAAGUGACCUAGCUGCUGAAAUUGAUAAAUUAAAAGCUGAAGUUGUGAAGGCAGAAAAGAGUCUUGAUCAUGCUGCUCCUGGGGAUAUCAGAAGGGGACUCAACUCUGUUCGAAGAAUCUGUCAGACUCAUAAUAUCUCUGGAGUAUUUGGUCCAAUUUUUGAGUUGCUAGAUUGUGAUGAAAAAUUCUUUACUGCAGUAGAAGUUACUGCAGGAAACAGCUUAUUUCAUGUGGUCGUUGAAACGGAUGAGAUAUCAACCAGAAUAAUCCGGUACCUAAGUGCUGAAAAAGGUGGCCGGGUUACUUUUAUUCCUCUAAACCGUGUGAGGGCUCCACACGUAACAAUCCCUAAGAGUUCUGAAGUGAUACCACUGUUAGACAGGAUGAAAUACUCUGACCGUUUUAAACCAGCUUUUAAACAGGUGUUUGGUCGGACAGUAGUUUGUCGAGAUUUGGAUGUGGCAACGAAGACUGCUAAGACACAUGGUUUAGACUGCAUCACUUUGGAAGGUGACCAAGUAAGCAAGAAAGGGGCCAUGACUGGUGGCUUUUAUGAUUAUAGACGUUCCAAACUAAAGUUAAUGAGCAUCAUUCGGCAAAAUACGAAGUCUGUUAAUGAGAAGCAAGAGGAAUUAGAGAGAGUCAGAAAUUCUCUUCAAGAGAAAGACCAGGAAAUCACUAAGAUUGUUAGUGAACAACAGAAAUUCGAUGCUAAAAGAAACCAUCAGAGGUCAGAAAUUGAGCAACUGAAACAGGAUAUUUCUAAUGCCACGAAGGAGAAGCUGGCUUAUUCUAAAUCUCUUGAAAAUAAGAAAAAAUUGCUUGGAAAUGUUGGUAAUCAAAUCCAUCAGAUUAGAGUUGGCAUAACCAUGAAGCAAGAUGAAAUGGGAACGGAUCUGAUUGAUCAAUUGACACCAAAAGAGAGAGAGAUGCUUUCUAGACUGAAUCCAGAAAUCACAGAAUCCAAAGAAGAUCUUAUUGCCUGCAAAAGGAAGCGUAUAGAGAUUGAAACUAGGAAAGGUGAGCUUGAAACAAAUCUGUCGACCAAUCUUGUAAGACGACAAAAAGAGUUGGAGGCCAUCCUGCAUUCAGCAGAAUCAGAGGCUCUGUCUAUGGAACUCAAUCACAAAAAGAAAGAAUUGGAACACGCUACAGAAUCCAUUGAUAAUGUAACCAUGCUGCUUCAAAGAACUGUAGGAGAUCUGGAAAGCAAAUCAAAAAAAUUGAGGGAUAUCAGAAGCUCCAUAGAUGAACUAAAAGCUGUGGAAGAUAAGUAUGAGCGCACCCUACAGGAUGAAAAUAAAGAACUAGAACAAUUAUUGAAUAAGAGGAAUAUUCUGCUGGCAAAACAAGAAGAUUGUAUGAAGAAAAUUAGGGAUUUGGGCUCACUGCCAUCUGAUGCAUUUGAAAAGUACAAGCGUAAAAGUAUAAAAGAGUUGCAUAAGAUGCUACACAAGUGCAAUGAGGAUCUUAAGCGGUUUAGUCAUGUCAACAAGAAAGCAUUGGACCAAUAUAUUAAUUUCACUGAACAGAGAGAGGAGCUUCAGAAGAGGCAAGCUGAACUGGAUGCAGGUGAUGAGAAAAUCAAGGAGCUCAUUACAGCAUUGGAUCAGCGUAAGGAUGAAUCUAUUGAACGCACUUUCAAAGGUGUAGCCAAAAACUUCCGAGAAGCAUUUUCGGAGCUUGUACAAGGUGGACACGGUUACUUGGUGAUGAUGAAGAAAAAAGAUGGUGAACUUGGUGAUGACGAUCAAGAAGAGGACGGGCCUCGUGAUGCAGAUGCCGAGGGUAGAAUUGAAAAGUAUAUUGGAGUAAAAGUGAAGGUUUCCUUUACUGGGCAUGGAGAGACUCAAUCAAUGAAGCAGUUGUCUGGAGGUCAGAAAACAGUUGUUGCGCUAACCCUAAUUUUUGCUAUACAGAGGUGUGAUCCUGCUCCAUUUUAUCUUUUCGAUGAGAUUGAUGCUGCCCUUGAUCCUCAGUACAGGACAGCAGUUGGAAAUAUGAUCCGUCGACAAGCCGAUGAAGCAAACACACAGUUCAUAACCACAACUUUCCGCCCAGAACUGGUCAAAGUUGCUGAUAAAAUAUACGGAGUCACACAUAAAAAUAGAGUUAGCAGUGUGAGUGUCAUCGAUCAGGAUGAGGCACUUGCAUUCAUUGAGCACGACCAGACUCACAAUGAGUGAAGUCCUCUUAUCUUUGGUCCUCAGAUGCUUAAACGGUUUUGAUGCAUCCAUGUCGAGAGAAAUAUUUCAGAUACAAGAAGAAAGAAAGCAAUUUCAUAGCCAUCUCCAUGGCAAUUAAUGAGCGUCAUAGCUUCUGAUUGUGCCGGUGGAGCAUUAUCAUUGUGCAGUCCCUGGCAGCAUUGGAUUGAUCCGUGUACAUGUAAUGUGCUUGUUUAGGUUAAUGUAAAAAUCUCUAGGGUUGGAUGUACUGUGAGUGAUCAUGUACAUGUUUACUUUGUCUGGACAAGUUUACAAUGGGGAUAUGAUAGUAUUGAAUGAGGAGUUGCUAUGAAGAUUGGAUA